GCUCGAUGAGCUCUGGGAUAGACUCUGCAGGACUUUCUGUUGACAGUUCACAACAAUGGCAGAAAUCGAAGCAGCACAACCGGCUCAGGUUGAUGUUUCCAAAAGUAGCAACGGCCCAGCUGAAGGAUAUGAGAAGAAAUGUAUUUUCUGCAAGAUUGUAAACAAAGAAAUGGGAACGGAGCUUCUUCACUGUGAUGAGGAGAUCUCAUGUUUCAGAGACAUCAAACCUGGAGCUCCUCACCAUUAUCUGAUCGUACCAACCAAACAUGUAGGAAACUGUAAAUCACUCAGCAAAGAAAACGUGCCUUUGGUGAAGCGCAUGGUCGAGACAGGGAAGGAGAUCCUCCAGAAAAACAACAUAACAGACCUCAAUGAUGUCAGGUUUGGUUUCCACUGGCCCCCCUUCUGUUCUGUCACACACCUACACCUUCAUGUCCUGGCACCUGCCAGUCAGAUGGGCUUCAUCUCCCGCCUCUUCUACAGACUCAACUCCUAUUGGUUCAUCACAGCGGACCAGCUGAUUGAGCUUCUCAACUCUAAAGGAGACACAAACUGAUCACACACCUUCAAUACUUACAGUUCUUGACUUUGAACUUCUGCCUUCUUGAAGAUGCCAUGUUUGAUGAUACACACUAACAUUUAUUAGCUGCUGGCUUGUAAUGACAGUAUUUUAAACUGGUGACAUAUUAGUAAUGGAAGCCAAAUCCUGUUUCUUGCUACUUGAGAUGUGUUAGAUAUGACACAAAUUCUUUUUCCAAUUUUUUUCCAGAAGAAGAUCAUUCAAUCUUUCUUAAUAUUGGACGUAAUAAAAAUGCAUUUAUUGUAUGGACCAAGGAGCAAACGGUGAUAUUCACCUAUUUCAACUAUUAACACCAAAGCAGGCAUCUUUUUUUUUUUUUUUACUGAAUGUGAAUGUGUUUUGAGUA